AUGAUACUUGUGUCUAUCAGUAUAUGUGUAACGGUUGUGGUCCUUAACGUACACUUCCGGUCGCCGCAAACGCACCGGAUGGCGCCUUGGGUGAAACGAGUUUUCAUUCAUAUCCUGCCACGACUGCUCUUCAUGAAGAGACCGCAAUACAAAUUCGACGUCACCAGGCCCCGUUACACGUGUGGAAUGCUGGUAAGAUGCGGUGGAGCAGCGCGACCUCUGUAUCCGUACAGACUGGCGGCUGCCGAUGACGACUGCUGUGCACCCGGAGCAUGGCCGCCACCUGUAGUUCCCCCCCGACCUCUCACGCGCACGCCAAGCAAAGAAGACUUGACACAUACGACUUACGUUAAUUCUGGAAUGGGAGACAGCAACCGCUUCGGCGGCAGCUGCGUGGUGCACGGGUCGAGCGAGGGCGGCGCGCUGGGCGCGGGUGGCUCUGAGGAGGAGGCGCUGAGUCCCGUUCCCGAACCGCCGACCGGCUUCAGCCACUCGGCCUGCCCGCCUGAGAUGCAUCGCACCUGCUUCUGCGUACGCUUCAUCGCCGAGCACACGAGGAUGCUAGAGGACUCCACCAAGGUGAAAGAAGAUUGGAAAUACGUAGCAAUGGUCCUCGACCGGCUGUUCCUCUGGAUAUUCACUCUAGCAGUGCUGGUGGGAACGGCCGGGAUCAUUCUACAGGCUCCGACACUGUACGAUGACCGCAUACCUAUUGACAAGCAGUUCAACCAGAUCACCACGUCGACUUUAGUGCGGUGUCCGCCGCCCACAUAA